CGACCAAUCAAAUCAUAUCUCCUCACAUCAUAUCAGCUGCUCACAGUGAAAUGAAAAGAGGAAUGAAUACAAGAGCCUUGUAGACGUCUUGUUGUGGUUUUAAGACAUAUAUACUGCACACCGUGUAACAGCGUUGGGUAAAGUUUCGAUUGCAGCGCAGUGACACUCGGAACAGCUUGUGGAACUCGAAGUAUUUAUUUACAUUUGCAUUUGCAGUGAAAAUGUGGCCGAGGUUUCUAGCAGCUUUGCGCGCAACUGGUGUCCUCUCUAAACCUCCACGACUUCUGCACAAGACGCCUUUUUUAUCAGUUCAGCCAAGUUGUUCUAUUUAUGUAGACACUCCUCCCAGUGUUCCGACUCUCACCACCAGCUAUGCCCACGGUGUGAGCUCACAUUCCUUACAGUCUCUCACUGUCGGCCGGUGCCUGCAGAUCAGAGCGGAACGCACCCCUGAUCGUGAAGCUGUUGUCUUCCUGCAGGAUGGCAUCAGGAAAACAUUUUCUGAGUUCCAAACCGAUGUGGAUCAGGCAGCUACAGGUCUUAUGGCUCUGGGUCUGAAGAAGGGAGAUCGAUUAGGCAUGUGGGGACCCAACACCUAUGAGUGGAUUCUGAUGCAAUUUGCCACAGCAAAGGCUGGCAUCAUCUUGGUAUCAGUGAAUCCAGCUUAUCAGCUGCAGGAGUUGGAAUAUGCACUAAAAAAGGUCCAGUGCCAAGCAAUUGUGUGUCCAACUAAAUUUAAGACCCAGAAAUACUACGACAUGUUGAGGCAGCUCUGCCCUGACAUAGAUACUGCUUCCCCGGGGUGCAUCAAGAGUUCCAGAUUGCCAGAUUUAAGUACGGUAAUUGUAACUGACAGUAAGCAGCCUGGUGCUUUCCAGUGGAAGGAUCUGAUGCAGGCAGGGAGCAGCCAGCACUACCAGGAGCUAGAAGAUUUGCAGAAGAAACUUAAUUUUGAUGACCCUAUUAACAUCCAGUUUACAUCGGGAACCACUGGGAGUCCCAAAGGAGCUGCACUGACGCACCACAAUAUUGUCAACAAUGCAUAUUUUAUUGGUUUGCGUGUUGGAUAUGACUGGAGGCGGAAGAUUAAAGUGUGUGUGCCAGUGCCACUGUACCACUGUUUUGGCUCCGUAGGUGGGGGGAUAGUGAUGGCAGUACAUGGUAUCACACUGGUCUUUCCCUCCACUGCGUAUGAUGGACGUGCCAACCUGGCAGCUAUGCAGAAUGAGAAAUGCACAUUUGUCUAUGGCACCCCUACAAUGUACAUAGACAUGAUGGGACAGCCUGACCUGGCCAAGUUUGACCUGUCAUCUGUUGAAGGAGGCAUUGUAGCUGGCUCUCCCUGUCCUCCUGAAGUUUUAAAGAAAAUAGUCAAAGUCAUGGGCAUUAAGGAAAUGACGAUUGGAUAUGGUACCACCGAGAACAGUCCAGUGACCUUCUGUGGCUUCCCAGUUGACAACAUAGAUAGAAAGACAGAAACUGUUGGAUGUAUUGGCAACCACCUUGAGGCAAAAGUGGUUGAUCCUACAACAGGACACAUUGUUCCUCUUGGAACUCCAGGAGAGCUUAUGAUCAGAGGUUACUGUGUCAUGCUGGAAUAUUGGCAAGAUGAAGUGAAAACCAAAGAGUGCAUUACUAAGGACCGCUGGUACAAAACCGGUGAUAUUGCCAGUUUGGACAAGUUUGGCUACUGCAAGAUAGAGGGACGGAUGAAAGACAUGAUUAUCCGUGGAGGCGAAAAUAUCUAUCCUGCUGAAAUCGAGCAGUUCCUGCACACACACCCUAAAGUCAAGGAAGCACAGGUGAUUGGGGUGAAAGAUGAGAGGAUGGGUGAAGAGGUUUGUGCUUGCAUCAGACUGAAGGAUGGUCAGGAAUGUACUCCAGAGGAGCUAAGGGCGUUCUGCAAAGGCCAGAUUGCCCAUUUCAAGAUUCCCCGCCAUGUUGUUUUUGUUCAGGGCUAUCCUCUUACUGUCUCAGGGAAGAUCCAGAAGAACAAACUGCGGGAGCAGACGGAGAAACAGCUGGGACUGUGAACUCGGAGAUGUGUUGUAUUUUUAAACAAAUGUUUAAAACGUACUGUACUAACGUACUUCUAGCAAUGUAACCGUUCAUAAUCUUUUCAGAUUUUAGAACACUUUAUAUUUGUUACACUGUUAAACAUAUUAAAGGCACAUUAAGGUAUUAUACUUCUUUUAUACUGUUGAAUUAAAUGACUUCCUUCUGAAAAACAUAUUAGCAAGUAACUAAAAUAAAUAACUUUUAUUAUUCUAAAUAAUGUUUUGGAAAAAAAAAAUCAAAUCUUUAUUAUAAUUUUAAAAAAAUAAAUAUGAUACUGAUGAUACAUAAAUAUGAUACUGAAUGUAUACUAUGAAUUUGAUAAAAUUACUUCUUUUGGUAAUAAUGAGUGUAGCUUAUACAGAUAGAUUGUGAUAUAUAAUGCAGAUUACCGGAUCUUGAUUUCAUUUUUAACAGUAUGCUGAAAUGUGUGAAAAAUAUAGAAUUAAGGUCUGAGAGUUAGCACAACUGGACUUUGUAAAACCUUUUUGUUGGCCAUUAACUAUACAGUCAGGACCCACAAUUCUUACAUCCAAAGAAAUGAGUAAAAAAUGUUUGCUUGAUCAUCAGUUUCUUAAUCCAACAGGAUUUUCAGCUCUGUUGCAUUUAGAACUUUCACCAGGUUUUAAUCAGUGCCACAGUGCACACUGAUACAGUAGACAAUGCCUUGAAACAUCAUCCAUAUUCUGCUUAGAUGGAAAGGUUUACAUUAAAAAAUUAAACACAA